GUAAUAAAUCACGUGUCACGCUUAGGUCUGGAUAAAGCGCCGCUCACAAAUACGUACACGGAGACCAGGCGUUCAUUCACCGACUGUGAAACACAGAUUUUUUUUUUCUCACGAUUUUCACUUUCACGUUUGGACAUUUGGAGAAGGGAAGAGCGAAAUAAAGAAGAGAGCAUCAUUUGGCGUCGACAGACAUUACAGGGGAGGAUUUCUAGACCCGUUAUCGCGCCCACUGGUCUUGAGACACCUCACUUUGGGAAUGGGAAAUGAUGGAGGAUAAAGCGCCCCGUGUCGCCGACUACUUUGUGGUUGCAGGCCUCACUGAUUCCUCCAAGCUUUUGGAGGAGGAGCUGCAUUUUGAUGACACCGCACCGAAAUCCGUCAAGCCCAAAGCGCCCAUCACAGAUGUGGCCAUAGUGAUCCGCUCCCUGGGCGAAGAGGUACCCCCUGGCUUCACCUGUGUCGAAAGCACCCCCUCGGGCCUGUCUGCGGAGCUCAAUGGAGCCAGCCUCAGGGGGCCGCAGAUUUUCCUGUGCUUCAAGCGAGGCAGAGAUAAGCCUCCGCUGACAGAUCUUGGGGUUUUGUUUGAGUGGAAAGAAAAGCUGAAGCCCGGGUGUCACAUCGUCCAGACCACACCCUCAGGUCGUCCGGCCAACAUCAGCAGCUCAUCCUCUCAACGCAUCUACAUCACUUACCGCCGCGCUCCUAAAAGCCAGCCCCACACCUCGCUGGCCGUCACCGAUGUCUGCGUCAUCGUGCCCGGCAAGGGGGAGACGCCCCCUCACACCUUCUGUAAGGUGGACAAGAACCUCAACAGCAGCAUGUGGGGAUCAUCUGUCUACUUGUGUUACAAGAAGUCUCUUGCAAAAGCCAACACGAUUGCGUGCAAAGCAGGUCUGCUGUGCAGGUACCCCGAAGAGGACUAUGAGUCCUUUCCAUUGCCUGAGUCAGUGCCUAUGUUCUGUCUGCCAAUGGGGGCGACGAUCGAGUGCUGGCCCGUGCACACCAAACACGCCCUUCCUGUUUUUUCCACAUUUGUUCUAACGGGAGCGUCGGGAGAAAAGGUGUACGGAGCAGCGAUCCAGUUCUAUGAGCCUUACUCGUUGGAGAACCUGUCCGAGCACCAACUGUCGCAGCUCGGCCUUCUCAGCUCUGAUCUGGGACCGGGCGGGACCUGGAGUGUUUACAGCAACAAGAGCAUCUGUCUCCUCUCCCACUGGCCCUUCUUCCAGUCCUUCAGGAGCUUCCUCACAUUCCUCUAUCGAUACUCCAUCUCGGGACCGCACGCGCUGCCCAUUGAAAAGCACAUCUCGCACUUCAUGCAAAAUGUGCCGUUCCCGUCCACCCAGAGGCCGCGUAUCCUUGUACAGCUCUCGCCACAUGACAGCCUGAUUCUGAGCCAGCCCGUGUCCUCCCCACUGCCUCUCAGUGGCGGAAGCCUCUCCACGUUACUCCUAAAUCUGGGCCCGAAAAAUGCCGCCACACUGCUCGUGUUGGCGGUCACAGAGCACAAGAUCCUUGUUCACUCCCUGCGGCCCGCCGUCCUCACCAGUGUUACCGAGGCACUUGUGUCUAUGAUAUUCCCCUUCCAUUGGCCAUGCCCAUACAUCCCUCUGUGCCCACUGGCACUGGCGGGUGUACUCAGUGCCCCAUGUCCCUUCAUUGUGGGUGUGGAUUCCCGAUACUUUGACCUGUAUGUGCCCCCGGCCGACAUCAGCUGUAUCGAUUUGGAUACCAACACCAUUUCCCAGAAAGAAGACAAGAAGGCUUUGACUUGGAAAAUGUUGCCUGGGAGAGCCUGCAAACAUCUUUUGAAUUCACUGAAUAAGCUCCAUCAGCAGCUCACGGAGGGGGGUUACUCAAGCCACGAAGAUGUGCAGAUGGAGCACGCGGUGGCUGACGGCGAGCUCAACGGUGGGAAGAGUCUCCAAACUCUGGAGCUGGAGAUCCAGGAAGCCUUCUUGCGCUUUAUGGCAGCCAUCCUCCGAGGUUACCGCACGUACUUGCAGCCCAUAACGCAGGCCCCCUCGGAGAAGACCACUGAUGUCAGCUCCCUUUUUGACAUUCAAGGCUUCUUGAAAAGCAGAGACCGCUCCCAUCAGAGGUUCUACUCACUCAUGACCAAGACCCAAAUGUUCAGCCGCUUCAUUGAGGAAUGCUCCUUUGUCAGUGACAAAGAUGCAAGUCUGGCUUUCUUUGACGAGUGCGCUGAUAAGCUCUCCGCAGUUGCCAAGAUUGACAGUGAAAAGCCAGAUGACGCCAGACUCAUCGAACUGGACGAUUCCCAUCGCAGCGAGCACACUGUUUACAUCAACCCGCCAGAGCUGCCUCUGCUGGCAGAAGGAGAGGAGCAUCCUCUGUGCUACAGCUACUCGGGGUUCCCGGUGCUAAACUCUGAACUUCUCCAACCACCCGAGGGACCGAAUCCUCCAUCAGCAGGCACGGCUUCACGCCACUGCAGCCCGGCCAGCCCUACAGCCAUCUUUAGACGCUCCAAACAGGAGAUCAAAUCCGCUCAAAGGAUGGCACAAACGUAUUCGUCUGUGCCUCAGAUGUGGUCCAAGUGUUUGCUGCGUCACUGCUACGGACUCUGGUUCAUCUGCCUGCCUGGUUUUGUCAAUACGUCUCCCUCCAAAGUGCGGGCACUGCGCACAGCAUACGAUGUGCUGCGGAGGAUGCAGGACAAGAAGCUUCAGGCGCCAGAUGAGGUGUGUUACCGUGUAUUGCUGCAACUGUGUGGUCAGUACAGCCAGCCAGUUCUGGCAGUGAAGGUGUUGUUCGAGAUGAAAAAGGCUGGAAUUCAGCCCAAUGCUAUCACCUAUGGCUACUACAACAAGGCGGUGUUGGAGAGCACGUGGCCGUCCACCACCAGAGGAGGCUUCUUUUUGUGGGGGAAGCUGAGAAAUGUGAUCCUAGGUGUCGGCCAGUUCAAGCAAGCAGGGAAGAAACACCCGCACCGAGAAACUCAAUUGUCAGACGGCAGUGAUCUCGACACAGUCAGUCAUGGCAGUUUGGACAGCGCGAACGAUUCUGCUGAGCGCACCUCCAUCGAUACCGAUUUUAAUAAGAUGGACUCUAGCGAUGAUGGAUUUAGCACAGGUGGCCAGUCAGACCAAGGCUAUGAUUCCUUAUCCAAGGAGGAGAUGUGCUCCAGAGAGGGUGAAAACAUUCCACUGCACAGCAAUGCUGGCAGCCUAGUUUCCAGUCCGUCAUUAAGCGACACCAUGCUUGGUGGAUCUCUUACUCAAGCAGAGCGGCCAAAGUCCCUGGACUUGCCGGUCGGGUCGGGAGCUCCAAAACUCGCCGUCCCUCAUCUCGCCUCCAACAAGCAGCACCACUUUGCUGCCGACAAACUGAGUGGGCUUGAGGAGGCCACCGAGCCUGAACAGAACUCGAACAGAAGAAGCAUCGCCUGUAGCGGCAGGACAUCCAGCCGUUCUGACAUUGAGGCAGGCUUUGAUCCUUUGUCUCGGAUGGCCACAGCGCGAGAAUGCGGCCAAGGCAGCGUUACCACGCCCACUGCCCGCCGUGAGCUGGCCGAGGAGAUCGAAAUGUACAUGAACAAUACCAACAGCCCGCUGAGGAGUUGCAGUCCCAACACGGACCCGCGCAAGCCAUCGAGUCCUUCCUCACAGCCCAACCGAACCCACACGCUGCUCCGCUCCAACACCCACCUCCUGUUACCUGUCAAAUCUCGGGAGCGGCUCCGGACGUCGCCGUCGCUCCCUCUCGGCGUUGGUAACAAGAGCAGAGAGAGGCCUUCGUCCUUGGUGUUACCCUCGUCCCCGACUCCCUCCGCCUCCUCGUUUUCCGUGGAUUCCCUCUUCACCCCCAGCCUGGACAGCUUCAAAAGCAGCGUCCUCUUAGCGGGCAAGGGCGUCGCCGAAAAGGCCAGCCGCCUCUACUCCCGCCUGUCCUCACAAACCUCAUUAACACAGGACUCAAACUGUGAUCGUAUCAGCGUGUCUUCGCUCACCUCGGGAGACGCCGACUGCUCCUCACUUAUGGAUAACGACUCCUGUCUCGACACGGACGCCUUCGUGUCCCCGCAGCACGGCGCCACGGCCCGACUGAGGAGGAGCCCCGUGGCGGGUCACGCCCACAUGAGCCCCAGCACCCCCGACAGGGUCUUCCGACACAACUCAUUCUCUGGUGGUUUGACAGUUCCUUCUAGAAGUCCUCACACUCCAGAUUCUUCACCCGACAUAAACCGUUUCAGGCCUUCGCCCUCUUAUACCGUUGAGGUGAUGAUGUCCAGCUGCUCGCUUUGCAAGACCUGCGACUCUCUGGUGUACGAUGAGGAAAUCAUGGCAGGAUGGACAGCUAAUGACUCCAACCUCAACAGCACGUGUCCCUUCUGCGGCUCAGCCUUCCUGCCUUUCCUCAAUGUGGAGGUCAAAGAUCUGAGGCCUCCCUGCGGAUCUCCCCUGGAGUCGAUUCCGCUGACCAAAGAAGGCACAUCUGAGUCACUCAACCCCGCAGCCAAAAUGUCGGAGGAGGACGGUACUAUGCCAAGGAAUCCUGGGACGUUAGAACCAGUGACGGUGCCGUAUCUGAGCCCUCUGGUUCUUUGGAAGGAACUGGAGAGCCUCCUUGUGAACGAAGGCGAGGAGGCCAUCUACUCCCCAGGGGUUGUGGACCACCACCCCAUUGUCUUCUGGAACCUCGUGUGGUUCUUUAGGAGGCUGGAGGUGCCCAGUAAUCUGCCAACGCUUAUCCUGGCCUCGCAACACUGUCGCUAUGGCGAUCGAACUCUUUCUAGUGUUUCUUCUGAGGACAGCAAGCAGGUUCUGGUGAGGAUCAUGUGGGACAACCUCAAGUUGCACCAAGACAAAGUCCACCCUUGUUAUGUCCUCUGGAACGCACAUUGCGCCAACUCUCUGGUUCGCUCGGGCCUGUGCGAGGAAGGCCAGCUCUUCACAGUGGAGCUCCUACAGAGUCUGGUGAGGAGCAUCAAGAAGAGUGAUAUCUAUCAUCCCAUGAGCCAAAUCAUCCAGCUGCUGGGGCCCGAGCUGGGUUUUAAAAGACAGAGGAGCUUGUACAGAGAUUUAUUAUUCCUCACUCUGGUGUCUUUGGGCAAGAACAACAUCAAUAUCAAUGCAUUUGACCGUGAGUACAAGUUGGCUUAUGACCGCCUCACCCCGAGUCAGGUCAAACUGACACACAACUGUGACCGCCCCCCUGGAGCAGGGGUCAUGGAGUGCAGGAAGACCUUUGGGGAGCCCACUCUGUGAACCAGAUGUCAUAUGCGCACACACAUGCACACACACACACACACACACACACACACACACACACUCACAAGAAAAACACCCGCAUGUGUUUUGGUCUUCUGACUCAGGACCAGCUCACCUGAGCUCUUUUUAAGAAGCACAAUGGGAUUAUGAUUCUUAAAUGCAAAAGCAACUGCCAUGAUGACAUCUCUUCACUGUUGAGCGCUGGGACGUGCGGAGCAGUGAGUCUUGACUAAAUAUUGAGGAAAUUCCAUUGUAUUUUACCAGUCAAUUAUUUGUACAGUUGUUACACUUUUUUAUGACUUUUUUGUGUUUUAAAAGUAUGUCAAAGAUCAUGUUUUGACUUUGUGGUCCUGGCGACCCGUGUUGAGACUGUUGUUGAGUGUAAAGAACAAAUUGCUUUUUGACAGUAGGUUUUUGUUGUUGUUGUUGAUUUUUAAAGCACUUUGACAAGAUGAACUCUGCAUUGGCCUGUCAACCAAAGAAUUGAUGGCUUGGACUGGGCCACAUAACAAAAUGUAUUUUUUUUUUUAAUGUCUUAACACAUACAGCUUUACCAAAAGCAAAAUAACAUUCCUUCCCAUCCUCCCCAAGUCCACACUUUAAUGCCUGAAGACACUAAAUGACAUGGUAAUCAACAAAUAAAUAAAUAAAUAAUUUUUAGAACCAAUUCUAAGAAGGGAGCAGUAAAUUAAUUUAUAUGCACAAUGUUUAUUCGUGUAUUGUUUUUUUUUUCUACAGUGUACCAAAAUAACCCAGAUGGAAAAUACUAAUGUGAUUUAUUGACAGUUUUUAAAGCAAUAUAUUUUUAAAGUGAUAUUUGUUGUGUAAGUUUGUUGUAUGGGACCACUAAGUAUACAUUCCCUCAGUACAGUACAAUCAAAGAGUGGGUUAACGGGAAAAUGACUGAAUACUUCAGUUGGAUUCAUUACAACGUUAUGUUGAUCUUGUCACAGUAAAUGAAGAAACGCGUGUACAGAAUUGGAUGUAGUGAAGUUAAAACAGGUUCACGGUUUGAAACGACAGCUGUGCCCUGCCAUGACCUCACAUCAUUUCUUCGAGUCACUGUGCCCCUAAAGACGCUGACAAAGCAACUUCUCUUUGUACUGUGAUGUCCUUGCUUGGAAUCAGACCCGUUUCAUCGUGUGUGCAUUAGCCUUAUCCAAACAGAAAACUCACCACUUGAUGUCUAUAUCGUGUGUCACGGUUAACUACUGUAUGUUUGUUAUUCACCAUUUGUAAGGUGGACAACUAAUUUAUAUGAAACUGCGUUCAAAAGAAGUGAAUCUGUUAUUUGCGUUUAUUUCGUAAUAAAAGCGCACCAACAUUA